UGCAGAACGUGGUUCAGUUUUUCUAGGAGUUUGUCCGCUGGAGGAGGUGGGUCUAGUUUCGCGAGUGGCAUCAAAGCACCAGUAAUGAAAGUGGGAGAAAUUUCCACCUAGUAACAGUGUCAUUCAAUAGGAAGUGUAAAAUUCCAAGUCGAGGUCCCUGAUUUCGGUGAAUACCAAAAUGGUUUAUACGAAGAAUGUUUUCGUUAUCGAGAGUAAAUCAGCUCCGGACAUAAAAGAACCGAGUGAAACCCGGAAACGUUUUAUUGAUUGCUCCUUCGGAUUUCGACACGUCCAAUGCCUCCUUUUAUUUUUAUGUCUCACUGUGGCAUAUACUAUGCGCGUGAAUAUAUCCGUGGCCAUUGUAACAAUGACUGACAACUCAGAAAACCCUGAUUUCGAGGAAUUCGACUGGGAUGGAGGAGUCAAAUCGAUCCUGCUUAGCAGCUUUAUAUGGGGUUAUACAGUAACACAGAUUCCAGCUGGACCACUAGCAAGGAAAUUCGGCCCAAAAAUGUGUUUGUUUGUGGGAAUGCUAAUCAGUGGAUUAUUGAAUCUACUAACACCGAUUGCUGCACGUGGAGGCUGGGAAUUCGUGUGUGCUCUUCGCGCUAUUGAAGGGUUCUUCCAGGGCGUGUUCUUCUCUUGCGUACAUGCGUUGCUUGCGAAAUGGGCACCACAAGAAGAACGUGCUAGGCUGGGAACAUUCUGUUAUGCAGGGUGUCAAAUGGGUACCGUGAUAAUGAUGGGGUUGAGUGGCGUUUUCACAUCAUCUGGCCUUGGAUGGCCGGGAAUAUUUUACUUUUCUGGAGGAAUUGGGAUAAUUUGGUGCGCAAUUUGGUUGUGGCUUGGAGCGAACAGUCCUGCACAGUGUCACAGAAUUUCGUCGGAGGAACGGGAAAUGAUUGAACAUUCACUAGCUUUGAAAGAGAUCAAUGGAGUGCAACAAGAAGUAUCUCCGCUCAAGACUGUCGUAUUUUCGAUCCCUUUCCUGGCCCUCAUUCUAACCCACACAGCUUCGGUAUUCGAGAACUGGAUGCUCCUGACGGAGAUACCGGCGUAUUUGAAAGGAGUUAUGGGAAUGGAUAUGAAAACGAAUGCUCUGUUUUCAGCACUUCCAUAUUUGGGCAUGUUAAUAAUGUCCUUUGUCUUCGUACUUAUCAAUAACUUUAUCGUGAGCAGGAAUUAUUUUUCUUUGGGAGCAAGACGGAAGACUUUCAAUACAAUUUCACAAUGGCUCCCUGCAAUCUUCCUCAUAGCGUUGGGUUAUAUAACGCAGGAUAACAGUGCUGCUGCGAUGAUAGCCCUGAUCCUAACUGUCAGUUUGACAAGCGCAAAGUACCUGGGAUUCAUGGUCAACCAUAUCGAUUUAUCACCCACAUAUGCUGGAAUCCUGAUGGGAUUGGCAAAUUUUAUUGCCCAAGUUGUGGCACUGCUUGGGCCCUUGAUCGUCGGACAAAUCGUCAUUGAUAAUACUGAUCUCGAACAAUGGAGGAUUAUAUUUUGGAUUACAGCGGCUUUCCUCUUUGUUGGAAACCUGGCGUUUGUGGCAUUCGGGAAAGUGCAUCCCAUUUAGAAAUUGUGAUAUGUAUGCCUUAAACUUAGAUAUAGCUUGUAAGAUAAUGUGCUAGUUAUUAUUUUAUAAUAAAAAUAUUUAUAAUUAUAA